AUCUAUUAAGCCUAGUGACGUAGAGUUUGUGCGACGUUUUUAUGAUAACUACGUCAGUUUUGUGAGACAAAGCUGUCUGAGCAUCAUGGCGUCCGGAGGGGGAGAAAUGUCCGACCCAGAACUGGACGAAUUACUGGACAGUGCUUUGGAUGACUUUGAGAAAGCUUCUUCUCCUCCGGCCCCUGAACCCGCGGCGGCCUCCUCCUCCUCAGCCAGCAGUGGUGCAGAGAAGCCCCCCCUGCUGGAGGACUGCAAACUCUUUGAGAGUCUCUUUGAGGGGGACAUGGCGACCCAGGCCAGGGACGAGUGGGAGAAGGCCAUGUCGGAGCUGGCUCAGGAGGAGCCGGAACUGCUCCAGCACUUCCAGAAACUGUCAGAGGCUGCAGGCAAAGUUGGCACUGACACCGCCUCCCAGCAGGAGUUCACUUCCUGUCUUAAGGACACCCUCCGUGGCCUCGCGAAGAAUGCAGACAACCUCCAAUCUUCAGGUCUAGCUGGAGACGACCUGGUUAAGGCUCUUGAGGGUCUUGGGUUGGACGAGGGCGGUGAAACCGGUGGAGACGAUGGGAACAUCCUGCCCGUCAUGCAGUCCAUCAUGCAGAAUCUGCUCUCUAAAGAAGUGCUUUAUCCUUCCCUCAAAGAAAUCACCACUAAGUACCCAGAGUGGCUUGAAGCAAACAAACCCAGCUUAAGUGCAGAGGACUACCGGCGCUAUGAGCAGCAAUCCAGAGUCAUGGGAGAAAUCUGUAAACUCUUUGAGACCGAAGAGCAGGGAGUCGAAAAUAAAGAGAAAACUUUUGAGAGCAUCAUGGAUCUGAUGCAGCAGCUGCAAGACCUAGGCCAGCCACCAAAGGAGUUGGCAGGAGAUGUGCCUCCAGGCUUAAACUUUGACAUGGAGUCCCUGAACCUCCCUGGAGGCCUUGGAGCCGGGGCCCCGGAUCAGUGCUCCAUCAUGUGAGGGGGUGGCGUGGUUCAUCAGGAGAUCUGGUGCCGAACGGUUCCUCUGUAUGAGUCAGAGAACAACAGACUGAGAACCAAAGGUCAGGCAGCGGUGUGACCGAACAAUCAACACUGUUGACCUUUCAGACGGGUGUGAAAACAAGCAGAGGAGCCACUGAAAUCAACACUAAAUGCCAACACACAUUCUCGGUACAUUUCGAACAUGUAAAUCUUUCUACAGUAGUUUGUCAGCAGAAGCCACGCCUCCUUCUGAGUUAUUUUAGCAGAAUCGCUCCAAUAAGAAGAAAUGACCACUGCCACUCUUUGUGUUGUUUUUACACAGCAUUUAGUCUAGUUCACAGGUUUGAACAGUGCCUUUUGACAAUAACCAAGGUAUUAUGUCAGACUCUGAAACAGAAUAAACUGUUAUCUUUCAGCCACAUUAGUAAACUUUUUUUCCUUUUCAAUUAACAAGCCCCCAAAUAAGUGUGUGAUUAACUGUCAAUAUGCAAAGACGUACGUGUUCUUUUGUUAAUCAUUUUAAAGACUUUAAAAGAAGAGAAUGUCUAUGAGACAGUGCUAGUACCUUUAAUGAGAACGGUUCUCCCUGGUGUUCCUCAUGUCCAGCUACUGAUUUUUAGUGAUUCUGACCCCUGAAAACCUUUGCUGUGUUUACAGCAGUGUGGAGUGGCUGUGCAUAUGUGAGUUCCUGUGGUUUUUCUGUGUGCUGAGGGUUGUUUGGGUGUGGAGAGCCUGUAAGGUCAAAUAAACACCCAGAGGUUGA